AUGUACGAGCUGGUCUCUGUUGGCUCAUCGCAAAUAUCAGUUUCGGAGCUGGUAGAGGAAGCCUCAGUGGUUGUUGCAGAGACUGAUGAGCUUGAGAUGGUGCUUGAAGUCGUAGCGUAUACGUCGCUUGAGCUAGAGCUCGAAAAUGCGGAAGUGCUGCUGCUCAAAGACGCGGAUGUCGACGUGGUAGGAUCAACAGAGGCCGUGGAGCUGAUUGAGCUGGAAGAUGAAGAUGAGCUGCUGCUGGAGGAUGACGAUGCGGACGCUGACGAAGAUGAGCUGCUGGUUGAGCUGGCAGUGGAGCUCGUUGAGCUCAAGCUGGAGCUGGAGCUGGAAAUUGAAGAGCUCGAGGUGGCGUGGCUGCUUGUGGAUGAGCUGGUAGAGCUUGAGCUAGACGACGAGCUGGAAGUAAUGUGGCUGCUUGACGAGGAACUGGAAGAGCUAGAGGACGAGCUGGAAGUGACAUGGCUGCUCGACGAGGAGCUGGAAGAGCUCGAGGUGACUGCUGGAAACGAUGCUAGAAGAUGA